AUGGAGUACCUAACUAGACUUUUGGCUCACAACACUGGUAAAAAAGGUUUCGGAUUCCACCCUUUGUGCAAGCAGCUUAGAUUAACUAACCUUUGCUUUGCAGAUGAUUUGAUCCUUUUUUGUAAAGGCGUUAAAGAUGAAGCUAAACUUAAGAUUCUUGAUCUUAUGCAAAUGGAUGAAGGUAAUUUCCCUUUGAAGUACUUAGGUGUUCAUCUUAGGCCUACUAAAUGGCAGGCUGCUGAUUGUGGGGUGAUUUUGGACAAAUUGCACAAGAAUCUUAACUGCUUGGCGAGUAAGAACCUUUCCUUUGCAGGGCGGGCUCAGCUUAUUCAUUCAGUGCUGCUUGGUAUUCAGAACUUUUGGAUGAGCAUCUUCAUUCUGCCUUCCAAAGUCACAGCUGCUAUUGAUAAAUGUUGUCGUGAUUUCCUUUGGGGUUCAAGAGGUAAUAGGAGUAAGUUUCAUCUCCCGUCUUGGGAGAAGGUGUGUCUUCUGAAAAAUUUAGGUGGUAUUGGCUUUCGUGAAGGCAAAAAGUGGAAUGUAGCUGUGAUGGCUAAGUAUAUUUGGGCCUCUUCUAAAUUCUUCUCUUGUUCAAAAAAAAAAAAAAAAGAGAAGAAUGAAGAUGCCGAAUUAAUCAUGAAGCAAGCCAGAUCUGCUAUUGUGAUGAAUUUAUCAGAUAAUGUACUGAGACAAGUCAUUGGGGAAAAGACAGCAGCUGGUCUAUGGAAGAAGUUGGAGGAUUUGUACAUGAAGAAAUCUACUGCAACAAAAAUCUUCUUGAAGGGAAAGAUGUAUGUUUCAAGAUGA